CCUGGUGAAGGAACAUCUGCUUGUGAAAGGAUGCACUUUUGAAUAUAUUUCUUUAGAAGAUCAUUCAUUCUUUAGAUUACUGGAACUUUUAAAACAAAUUUUAAACAGACCACAAAAAGCUACAAGGAUCACACACCCAAAUCAGAGCUGAAAAAUCAUUUUCAGGAAUUAUAAGGAAGGCAUCAGCAGAGAUACACAGCUAAAUACUGAUAGUGUAGCAAGUAUAAGAGAUGGAAAGAUAUUUCACACCUGUGCGUGGCUCCUCAGAGGAUGAGGUGAAAAUUUACAAACAUUACCAUCCCAUACCUCAACAGCAUCCUCACAAUCAUCAUUACCACCACAACCAUUAUCACCACCUUGGAUCACAAAGUCACAGCUCUUCAAGCAGUCACGGAAAGCACAGUGAUAAACACACUCACCACCACCACGACAACCAGCAUCGCUUUUAUCAUCCCGCAAACCCUAAAAUGUCUGGAGACCAUCACAGCUUCUCUAAAAGGUCUUCCUCCAGCAUGUCCUCCUCCUCUUCCACGUCUACAUCUGCAUCUUGGACCUCAGAGCCCAGCCUGGAUGAUGAGACGUAUCUCAUGCACAAACCCCAGCAUUCCCUGUCCUGCUCCAACAUCUCUGAGGUUCGGAGGAAAAGCCAUGACAGAGAAUCUGAGGACUUUGAUUUUGAUCACAGGGAUCAGAGGCACCGCCACAGCCUAGAAAACGAAGCCGAACUGCUGCCCGGUUCUCAUCAGAUGCCAAAGCUCUCCAGGGGCCAUAGCAAAAGUGAGGAGGGCCUUCAGCAAAACAAAGACAAUGAUGGAUACUCAGCUGGAUCUCACGCCAUGGAUCAUGGGCCACUUUACAAGACUACAAGCUUGGGACAAAACCUUGCCUUUGGUGGCAAUAAUGACAACUCUUUAGGUGGCAGGGCAGUUCCCAAGAAGGCCGUUUCAUCUAUUCAGCUGCCCAGCAAAGGUAUUCUGAAAAACAAAGAUGAAGGACAGAAAGAAGGAAACUUCAGGAAAGCAAAGUCAAUGGAGGUGCUUUCCACCAGGGUGCACAUCACAGGAACAUCCAAGCAGAUCUCUAUGGAAGCUGCAAGGGAUAGCUUUGUGAAAGGGAAGCUACAGUUCUCUGCAUUUCUGGAUGAGAUCACCAGGCAGGUUAUCAGUCCAUGUGCUCUUAGCUCUCUUGGCGUAACCACACCGACGCCACCAAAAUCUCCUAAUGAAGAACGCAAGAGUUGCAGCACCAAGCAGGAGAGCUUCGUGCCGUCACCAAAACAGCAGCCCGUCAGAGUUGAGAGACCUGAUUCAGGAAAAACAGAUUCUAGCUCACUUUCUCGAUCACAUAAGAGACCGGGCAAAUACCACAGCCGAAACCUGACCAGUCCUCCACCGUCACCCCGCCACCCAUCUAAAACUGAAAGACAAGGGGCUGCUUCAGGUAAGCAGCACCACAGGCAGUAUUCUCUAAUGCUCACUGAUGGUACCAGCACCAGCCCAGAAACUGUCCACACCAACCUCUCCAAACACAAAGGGCGACAUCAAAGUAGUCAUGGCCCGUCCAGGAACUUCCAUGGUAAGCAGGAGAAGAGAUCACCGCCGCCUCUGCGAGCCGCAGGGCUGGAGUCAGAGUCUCAGUCGAGUAAAUCAUCCACCAGUGCUAGUUCAGAGAAAAGUGACAGACCCAAACACAUGGGACACAGGAGGCAGUCCAAACCACACAGAGACUCAUCCGGUUCCAUGGACAGAGUUCAGAUGCUGGAGGAAUACAACAAAGAGCUACAUGAGAACCUGUUGCAGACGGUGGCAUGCAUUGAGAACAUGGAGGCAGAAUUGCAAUGCACCAAAACAGAGUUAGUCAGCUUCAAGGAGAAAUACAGAAGGCUUCAGGAAAGCUAUUCUGUUUCUCAGCAGGCAAACAGUGUCUUGGAGCAGAAACUCAAAUCUGCGGCAGACAGCUUGGACUCAGAGAGGAAGUUCCUCAUGCAGAGAGUUGCAGAUCUAACUAAACAGCUGGAUACUGCUCAGAAGACCAUCAGCUCUCUGGAAAACAUCAAUGUUCCCUCACUGAUUAAAGAUUUGUUGAAAAAUCACUUUGACUCUCAGCAAGAACUGGAGCACUUCUUAUAUCCUCGAACAUCUCCACGCCAACCUGAUGGCGACCAACCCGAGAGGGCGCAGGAGCUCAGAAACAGCCAACCAUUUGGUGGAAAAGCGGAAGUUUUCGAAUGGCCACAGACUGGACACACAUGCUCAGCUGCCAGACAACAGCCUGCCACAGCUUUUCUGCCAUGGAAACAUGAUCACGACCCAUGGGCAGGGCUAGGGCAACUCGUGCCUAAAGGAAGUGACUCACAACUUCCUUUUUCUUUUAUUGAUGAUGUGUCAAUCCUCAAAACAAACGCCCCAAGUCCUCAAGCCCAUCAGUUAGCCAUGAACACAGAGAUCCACUUGAUUCCCCCAAACCCAUAUAAUCUAGAUGAGAUGAGGCUCAGCAGACAGACAGGUGGUGAGGGAACCAUCACUGUGGGGAAAGAGCCCACUGAUGUCAACUAUCUUACAGCUCAGAGGAUGCUGAAUGAGUUUUUGAACCAGAUUCCUCCUCCAACGCAUGAAGGUGAAGGGAGAGAUACUUUAGAAGCAGAACUAACAGAAAAGAAGCUGUAACAUUUAUUAAUGUUUAAAUUAAUUUAUAAAUUUGAUGUCUUUUUAACAAUAUAGGAACUGAAUAAAAAUUAAAUACACUUCAUUAGCUUGCAGCAUGCAUACGUACCAUCUGGUUGUGUGCUAUAUCUAGGGCCCUAUGAUUUCUACAAUGUGGAAAAUGCAGACAGAGUUGCAGAAUCCAGUAAGAAAAAUGGAAUUCACUGUAUAAUCCGGAAUGUCACGGAAUUUGCCAUAUUUUGGAUCGAUAAAUCAAAAGUAGGUCAGUGCACUUAAGUCAAAAUGCGAUAUGAACUGGUAUCCGUGAAUAUUAAGCUGCACAAAUACUAUUUAAAUAUGAAUCCUGCGUGUUCUGCGUGAUUCUGUGAAUAAAUGUCCCAGACGUGCGGUUUUGUUUACUAACCACGUACUGAAGCGCACCUGACCCUCGAGGUGAUUUCAGCCUCUGUCGCCUCAAUAUGAGCACAGGAACACAUACACAUAAUCUCUAGAAAUGCUAUGAGAGAAAAACUGUGGUCAUAUCAUAUACAAACAGAAACUUAAAGGUCUUCACAGCAACCAGUCAAAAAAAAAGUUUGGUUUAACUUGAAGAAACGUGAGAGAAAUACAUUGCUUUAAUGUAAUGAUAGUACUACUACUACUAAUAAAACUAUUACAACAUCAUUUUAAAGAAAUAUUUACCAACAUUUAUUUACCAGAAAGAUGUAAAUACACAACACAGUAUUUUUGGAAAAAAAAAGAAGAAAUGAAAAUAAAUAAAAAAAUGAUUAGAUUAUUAGAGAAAUGUUUGAUUAAUAAAAUUUAAUGAAACCAUUAAACUUUAAUUUUUGUUAAACUUUUAAAAAAUUGCUGUUAAAUUGUGUAAGUUUCAUGAUUUCAGUUAAUUAGACAUGCUUUUUGGUUGAUAUUAUAGUCCAGAAAAAUUAAAAGAAAAAAAAAAAACGAACCAAGAAAUGUUUAAACCGAAAAAAAAAAAAAAAAAAAAAAAAAAAAAAAAAAAAAAAAAAGAA